AUGGUCCCAUUUGGCGGUUACGCCAUGCCCGUACAAUAUUCAGCUGGUGUCCUACAGUCUCAUUUGCAUACACGUGAACAGGGCAAAGCAUCCCUUUUUGACGUUUCACAUAUGGGACAAGUACGUAUCACAGGCAACGAUCGACUGGAAUUUCUGGAAACGGUUGUUGUAGGUGAUCUCCAGGGACUUGAGACUGGAGAAGCUAAGCUUAGUUUGAUUACCAAUGAUAAGGGUGGGAUCAUGGAUGAUUGCGUCAUCAGUCGCUAUGAUGACCACGUGUACGUCGUGGUAAACGCAGGUAAUCAAGAGAUUGAUCUCUUACAUAUGCAAAAACGGCUGGAGAAGUUUAAAGGUGAUGCAAUCAUUGAACGUAUGCAAGAUCGUGCUCUUGUGGCACUUCAAGGUCCUGGUGCUGUUGAUAUCAUGGAGACACUUCAUCCUACUGUUACGUUGAAGGAUCUGGAGUUUAUGCAUGGUGUUUAUACUCCAUUAAAACUACAAGAUGGUAAGGUCGUGGAUGUAAUUCUAACACGUUGUGGCUACACGGGAGAGGAUGGAUUUGAAAUUUCAGUACCGAGCAAAGACGCCGAAACGUUUUUCCGUGCAUUAUUGCAAGAUGAACGUGUAUUGGAAGCAGGUCUUGGAGCUCGUGAUAGUCUCCGUCUUGAAGCAGGUUUAUGUCUUCAUGGUCAUGAUAUUACGGCCGAAACGACGCCGGUUGAAGCUAUGCUAGCUUGGACAAUUGGUAAGCGUCGUCGGGAAGAAGGAGGAUUCCCUGGCCAUGCAAUCAUUAUGGAUCAGAUAAAAAACAAGACAGCGACGAAGAAACGCGUUGGCUUUGUGGUUGACGGAGCAGCAGCGCGUGAAGGCGCCAAGCUCUUUGACGCAGACGACAAGGUUGUGGGUCAUGUGACGAGUGGUACGUUUAGCCCAUCGCUCAAGAAAGCUAUUGGUAUGGCCUAUGUGGACAAGAGCUCGAGUAAGUUGGGUACGGAGCUGCAUGUCAAGGCACGCAACAAGACGCAGAAGGCUGUCAUUAGUACGAUGCCCUUUGUGCCGGCCAACUAUUACAAAAAGGAGUAA